AUGGCUUCUUCACUUCUUUCGAUCCUCGAUUUCGCCGCCACCUCCAAGGUCGUAUCCCCUGCCCCCACUGGUACCAACGUCACGUCAACCACUGCCAACUCCCCGUCAGCCGCAACUGACGCCACUUCAACCACAACCAACGCCAUGUCAGGCACUCCUGCUGCCACAUCGGAGGCCUGGGAGGAGGCCAUGCGCACUCAGCUCUCCACGUGGUUCGACGACCCAGAUUUCGUCGACGAGGUUCCGUCAAUGACGGUUACCGUCGGCGAUAACGCCCUCUGUCAACUCGACGGCGUCGCGACGGUCGCGCUUCCUCCCGAUUCGGUCUUCUCCGUCGUGUGCGAUCCGCACAACCGGCGCGUGUUCAAGAACAUCAAGUCCGUGAAGAACGAGCGCGUCGUGAGUGACUGUAACGGGGUGAAGGAGCUAGAAAUGGACAUGGUCUUCGCGUUCCAGCUGCCUUUCUUUACAGGCACAUUCGACGCCGAAGUCGAACCGCUCCUCGUCCCCGCGUCUUCCGCGAAUGCCCCCUUUCCCACGUCUCUCGCCUCCAUCUCCUCCUCUUCCGCCCCCUGCUCCCCUAGUUUCACUUCCGCGCCGCAAUCACCCAUCUCGGAUUCUUUUCCGUCGGGUCGCCCGGAAGGCGACGAGACGGACUGGCCUGGCAGCGCCAGCAGCAGCCCAGACCGCCCGCCGAGCUCCGCGGACCCGGGCGCGGGCGGCGCGGGGGACGCCGCCGCGAUUGGCGCGGGCGUGCGGGUGGCGUCGCGGCUGACGCUGCAUCAGGUGGUGCAGCCGUCGCUGGCGCCGCCGGCGAUCUUCAAGCGAUGCAUCCACACGAUUCUCCAGAUGGCCACGCGCACCGUGCUGGUGGUGUUUCAGCACGAAGCCGCGCGGAUCCGGAGCAACAAGGGGGAAGCGGAGGUGGAAGCGGAGGGGGAGAAGGGCGGAAGGUGGGGCGCACUGUUUUUGCACAAGGAGGCGUUUGGGACCAAAAAGAGUGGGGCGGGGUUGGGGAAGGUGGGCCUGGGGAAGGUGGGGUUGGGAAAGGUGGGUCACGGUUUGAAGGGAGCAGUGCAUAGGAAGUAA